CUUCUCUCGCACAUACAAACACACCCUUCCCCUCUGCCAUCGCUCUCCCUGCACCCAGUCGAACGAUGAACUCCCUUUCGCCGAGUAACAAGCCCUUUUUCCGGGCCCCGGUCCCGCUGGCUGGCGUGUCCGGACUCCCGACCCCCCGGGUGAACCACUUCACCGAGGCCGACUAUGGGAAUUUCUAUGAGCCGGCUGAGGACUCAUUCCUUCUGCUCGAUGCUCUGGAGGCGGACGCCGGGACCAUCAAGCAGCUGCACCCGGCUGUGGCAGCGGAAAUCGGGCCCGGCUCCGGGGUGGUUACUUCCUUCCUGGCGGCAUUGCUGGCGGCCAUUCACCAGCGCGAGGGCCCGACUUCUGGGCCCACAGCGGCCGUUUGCCUCCCCGACACGCACUGUGCUCUCCUCUGCUUCGACAUCAACCCCUUUGCGGUGGAAGCCACCAAGCUGACGGCCCUCAAGAACAAUAACCAUGCCCUCCAGGAUGUGGUGCUGGGAGAUCUGGUUUUGCCUCUGCGACCCGGCUCGGCCGACCUGCUGGUCUUCAAUCCGCCCUACGUGGAGUCGGCGGAUCUGCCUGACCAAGUGACCAGCACCGGGGCCGGGGGCGUAACUUCUGGGCAGGGGGUCGAUCGGGGGGAUGGCGCGGCACCGCCGCCCCUGUGGGCGGCACUUGAUGGGGGCCGUGAUGGGGGGGCCGGGGUGGCCCGACGGGCCCUCUACGCCGCACACCGGGCCCUCGCGCCGGGCGGCCAUUUUUACCUGCUGUUGGCCCAGCCCAACCGGCCGCACGAGUUGGCCGAGCUGGCCUUGGCCUUGUAUCCGGACCAGCCGGCCGGGCCGCAACGUGGCUUUCGCGAGGCGGUUUGCAUCGCCGAGCGCAAGGCCGGCUGGGAGCGGCUCAGCGUCUGGCGACUCACACGCUGAGUCUACCGAGCCUCACCGGAGCCCAAAAGGGGGGCUCGCAGACAGACAAGCAAUACACGGGUGUUUGUGUGUGUGUGUGUGCGCGCGC